CACAAAAUCAACAUGACACUUUUUGAAUAAUUAGGAGGAGAAGCCGCAGUCACAGCAGUCACAACAUAAUUCUAUGCCAACAUCCAAGCUGAUGCAACAGUUGCCAAUUUCUUCAAUGGAAUCAAUAUGGCUGACUAAACAAACAAGACAGCUUCAUUUUUAUGUGCUGCCCUCGGAGGACCAAAGGCUUGGGGAGGAAGAAACUUAAAAGAAGUCCAUGCCAACAUGGGAGUCACAAACGCCCAAUUCACCACCGUCAUUGGACAUUUGAGAAGUGCCUUGACCUCAGCUGGUGUCGCUGCUGCCUUGGUUGAGUAAACUGUCGCUGUUGCUGAAACAGUCAGAGGAGACGUUGUCACAGCCUGAUUAAUAUUAAUUAUCAAGCACACAUAUCCAACAGCAUCUCUAUUCAA